AUGCAAACACCAGUGAAAAUGCUGUUAAUUGUACUUUAUUUCAUUGCUAUCACCCAGGUAAGCCUGCCUGAACCGACAGCAACGUCCUGCUCGGAUUUGCAGGAUCAAGCUCUCAUCUGGACCUUGCUGAAGCUGGAUGGGAGGAGCUGGGCAGAUAAACCUGAGGAUGAAUUCCUAACCUGUGUCUUUUCUCUCCCUGCAGCGCGGGGCAGCCUCCAGCCGUGGUCGCAGGGCGUCAUCGCAGUGGUUGUGUUUCUAGUCCUGGUGGCCAUCGCCUUCGUGGUCAACAGGUUCUGGUGUAAGGAUAAAGUGGAAAAUGCUGAGAACGUGGUGAGUGUGGAGGACAAGCCAGAUGCUGUCACAUCCAACGGCCAUGAAGGGAGAUAUGUAUCAGCUGCAGCUGACUUCAGGUCCAAAGAGAACCAGCACGCCUACGAGAACACCGUGGAGCCCGAGGAGAAGGUGAUCACCACGGCCAUGUAGCAGCACCCACCCGCCGCCCUCCUCCUGCUCUCUAUUCGCUUCCCACUAUUGCCAUGGGCAUUUUCACAGAGACCCUCUGGCCUGGCACCCCCUGGGAGUGAGGGGCCCUGGCGUCUCCACGGCACCACCACCUCCUGAUCUUCUCCUUUUCCACCCAUGGGACAUGCUCUUGUCCCUCUGGGGCUGGUGUCCACACGGGCAUCGGUCCCCAGGAGAGGUCUGGAGGUGCCACCCCUCCUGCAUGGUGGUCACCCCAAGUCCCAGGAGGGUGUUGACCUGUUCAAGACACAGAGGGGAUCCUGCUGGGUGCCUGGGACAUCCCCACGCUCCCAGCUGCCCUCCAGGGAGCUGCUGAUGGAAAACGUGCUCUUUUCUCCCCAGUUCACCCUCCUUUUUGUGACCUACACCAUGCAUUUUAAUGUCAGAACAAACCUCCCCCUCUGUACAUAUAUUCCUGGUGA